ACCUGACAUAUCCUGACCCCCCUAAAACAGCUCCCUUCCCUCCCCCACGCCACAAUUGUCACCGCCAUCUUAAGUACUGGCAGAGAGCAGGCACAUCUAGGAGAGGGACAGAGGGUGCACAUGUGGACAGAAGGGGGGAGGAGGGAUAGGAUAGGGAGGAACCCACACCAGGGACAUCACAGGGAGAAAGCAAAGUGUCUAGGAGGAUGAGAGGCUGAGAUGUCCCAACUUCUCAUUUGCUGAAAAUGUUGCCCUUGUCCAGGCCAUCAUGGACAAUUACAGUGACCUCUUCAGGCAGGAGAAGGGCAAAGGCAUUGCCAAAAAGAGAAAAACGGCAUGGUUGGCGCUAGAGGAUGCCGUCAACAGUGUGGCCCCGCAGAGGACUGUUGAGGGCCUUAAACGCUAGAAUGACUACAAGAGGCAGGUCAAAGAAAAGAUGGGGCAGGCAGCUAUGCACCAGAAAAGAACAGGAGAUGAUACGCAGGUCCCUGAGUAUCAUAGCAGUCCAUGGACUUCCAGGGGCUCGUGACUCAGGGGCUGCAACCACAGCACAUCAUGCUGAACCUCCUGUUACGAGGAUACAAAUAUCAAUGACACCACCACCACCAGUCUUCAGGCAACCGCAAGAACAGUAUGCUCCUAGGCAUGAGCAUGGUUGGAUGGCUUCAGUUGAGGACUUGGGAGUGAUGCCACCACCAUUGCCAUAUUACCCCUGGCAAGAUUCCUGGCCAGAGGAAUAUCCUCCCUUUGGCUUUGAGGGGGAGCCAAGACGGCCACAAAGGGUCCAUGUAUUUACCCCCCCACAACACAAUCUCAUGGCAGUCAUGGAUUUUACCCACAGACUAUGUCACAAGAAGUGCCAAUUGGAUAGGCUGAGUGGUCACACACUGGUCAUCAGUGGGACUAUCAAUCAACCAUAAGAGCUCCACAUCCUCAACACUUGGACGAGCUCCACCAUCUGCAGAUGGAAAUAUAGCAGAAACUACAGCUGCACCUCAAGCACCAUCAGAUGUAGCUGAACCUGCCCCAAAAGAACCAUUGGUUGCAGCUGAACCUGCCCCACAAGAACCAGCAGAUGUAGCUGAUCCUGCCCCACAAGAAACAGCAGAUGUAGCUGACCCGGCACCUCAAGCACCAGCUAAUGCAGGUGACCCUGCCCCACAAGCAACUAGAAGCCCUGCUGUUCAAGAGCCUGUGGAUGCAUUGUAUUCUCCCCUGGGUGAGGAAUACAUUGCACUCCAGAGGAGGCUCAUAACAAGCGCCGAGAGCAUACAAAGAGGCCAAGAGAGGUUUUUCAGGAACCAAGAAAGGUUCACCAGGAGCCAAGAGAGGAUACAACAACGUAGCAUAGAGCUACAGAGGGACAUGGCAGCAUCAUUAAGUGCAAGUGUUCAAAACUAGUCCCAGAUAAUGUGAAUUCUGUCUGAUAUGCAGAUGCAUAUGGACAAUAGAUGGAGAGAAUAAAAUCAACUCUUGGGUGUGUUGGUUGAGCACUUUACACACCAGCAGGACACUGCCUCCAGCCUAUCAUCUGUGGCCAGCACACCAGCAGAAACACCAGAAUCUUCUAAAACCAGGAGAACAAGGAAAUCCACUAAAGUCACCUCCGCUCCCUUAUCCAAGAAGCCAAAAAAAUAAAAUAUUCUUAUAGUUCACCAUAAACCUACACAUCCAUGUGAAGUGUGUUUUAUUACACUAAUAUUGUUAAAACAUAUAAAAUGACCUGUGUGGAAAUGGCAAUAAAAACAGACACGGCCAGAGCACUGAGAGAUAUAAGGUAUUGAUGUAACUAGAGUGAAUAAGGGAACCUUCUUCCUGAGCACAGACAUUGGAGCCUGUUAUCAGCAUGAACUCAUAUGUGUUAGACAAACACGUCAAUAUUUCAUUUCUAUCCUUCACUACAGGAAGCAUCAGAAUGAUACCGAAAACUCCAAAAGUCUUAGACACUAAUGACUAUUCACAAACAUUGGGGGUAUUACAGCAGAUAUUUAAAGGAGAUGGUGAAUUGUCAGGAACUGGGCAGCAAUCAUUAUGUACAGAGAGUAAUUUAGUCAUCAAACAGGAGGACACCGUUUAUGCCUUAUCUAGUGAAAUUAUUAUCCCUGAGGAUAAACCACACACAUUUACUGAGUUUUCAAAACAUAUUAAAGAAGGGAAAAAUCUGCAGUCUAGCCAAAUAAUUCAUACAAAGGAGAAAGCAUUCAAAUAUACAGAAUGUGAGAAAAUCUUUAGAUCUAAGUCACAUCUACGAGAACACCACAAAAUUCACACAGGUGAGAAACCACACACAUGUACAGAGUGUGGAAUAAGUUUUACAGAAAAGAGUAAUCUGAAAAAGCAUGAAAGGAUUCACACAGGGGAAAAGCCUUUCACAUGUACAGAGUGUGAAAAAACAUUUACAGAAAAGAGGAGUCUGAAAAUUCAUGAAAGGAUUCACACAGGGGAAAAGCCUUUCACAUGUACAGAGUGUGGAAAAAGUUUUACAAAAAAGAGUAGUCUGAAAACUCAUGAAAGGAUUCACACAGGAGAAAAGCCUUUCACAUGUACAGAGUGUGGAAAAAGCUUUACAAAAAAGAGUCAUCUGAAAACCCAUGAAAUGAUUCACACAGGGGAAAAGCCUUUCACAUGUACAGAGUGUGGGAAAAGUUUUAUACAAAUGAGUAAUCUGAAAACUCAUGAAAGGAUUCACACAGGGGAAAAGCUUUUCACAUGUACAGAGUGUGGAAAAACAUUUACAGAAAAGAGGAGUCUGAAAAUUCAUGAAAGGAUUCACACAGGGGAAAAGCCUUUCACAUGUACAGAGUGUGGAAAAACAUUUACAGAAAAGAUGAGUCUGAAAAUUCAUGAAAGGAUUCACACAGGAGAAAAGCCUUUCACAUGUACAGAGUGUAGAAAAAGCUACACAAAUAAGAGUCAUCUGAAAACUCAUGAAAAGAUUCACACAGGGGAAAAGCCUUUCACAUGUGCAGAGUGUGGAAAAAGUUUUACAGAAAAGAGUAGUCUGAAAACUCAUGAAAGGAUUCACACAGGGGAAAAGCCUUUCACAUGUACAGAGUGUGGAAAAAGUUUUACAGAAAAGAGUAGUCUGAAAACUCAUGAAAGGAUUCACACAGGGGAAAAGCCUUUCACAUGUACAGAGUGUGGAAAAAGUUUUACAAAAAAGAACAUCUUGCAAUAUCAUGAAUGGAUUCACACAGGGGAAAAGCCUUUCACAUGUACAGAGUGUGGAAAAAGUUUUACAGAUAUUAGUAAUCUGAAAACUCAUGAAAGGAGUCACACAGGAGAAAAGCCUUUUAAAUGUACAGAGUGUGGAAAAAGUUUUACAAAAAAGAUAAAUCUGAAAAAGCAUGAAUGGAUUCACACAGGGGAAAUGCUUUUCACAUGUACAGAGUGUGGAAAAAGCUUUACACAAAUGAAUAAUCUGAAAACUCAUGAAAGGAGUCACACGGGAGAAAAGCCUUUUAAAUGUACAGAGUGUGGAAAAAGUUUUACAGAAAAGAGUGAUCUGAAAAAGCAUGAAAGGAUUCACACAGGAGAAAAGCCGUUCACAUGUACAGAGUGUGGAAAAAGCUUUACACAAAUGAAUAAUCUGAAAACUCAUGAAAGGAUUCACACAGGAGAAAAGCCGUUCACAUGUACAGAGUGUGGAAAAAGUUUUACAAAACAGAGUAAUCUGAAAACUCAUGAAAAGAUUCACAAGGGAAGAAACCUUUAACAUGUUUAGAAAGUAGGGUUGCUAUCUUUUGCACAGCCGAUUAUCUGACACUUUGCAAAAGGGCGUGAUUGAGGAUGUGGUUAGGGGUGUGGCUUCACACGACCCUAAAUGGACCUUCCAGCCAAAUUUGGAAUCCAUGUGUAUGCAUUUCAGUUUUGAGUAGAAGCAUUUUUGUAAUAUACAUGUAUUAGAAAAAAACAUAAUUUAUGUACGAACUUACCUGAUAAAUUAAUUUCUUUCAUAUUGGCAAGAGUCCAUGAGCUAGUGAUGUAUGGGAUAUAAAAUCCUACCAGGAGGGGCAAAGUUUCCCAAACUUCAUAAUGCCUAUAAAUACACCCCUCGCCACACCCACAAUUCAGUUUAAUGAAUAGCCAAGAAGUGGGGUGAUAAAGAAAGGAGUAAAAAGCAUCAACAAAGGAAUUUGGAAAUAAUUGUGCUUUAUACAAAAAAAUCAUAACCACCAUAAAAAGGGUGGGCCUCAUGGACUCUGCCAAUAUAAAAGAAAUGAAUUUAUCAGGUAAGUUCUUACAUAAAUUAUGUUUUCUUUCAUGUAAUUUGCAAGAGUCCAUGAGCUAGUGACGUAUGGGAUAGCAAUACCCAAGAAGUGGAACUCCACGCAAGAGUCACUAGAGAGGGAGGGAUAAAAUAAAAACAGCCAUUUUCAGCUGAAAAAAAUGAAUCCACAACCCAAAAUAUAAGUUUAUUCUCAAAAAUGAAAAGAAAAACUUAAAACAUAAGCAAAAGAAUCAAACUGAAACAGAUACCUGAAGAACUUUUCUACCAAAAACUGCUUCUGAAGAAGCAAAUACAUCAAAACAGUAGAAUUUAGUAAAUGUAUGCAAAGGAGACCAAGUUGCUGCUUUGCAUAUCUGAUCAACUGAAGCUUCAUUCUUAAAAGCCCAUGAAGUGGAGUCUGAUCUAGUAGAAUGAGCUGUAAUUCUCUGAGGCUUGACCCGAAUCCAAAUAAGCUUGAUGAAUCAAAAGCUUUAACCACGAAGCCAAGGAAACAGCAGAAGCCUUCUGACCUUUCCUAGAACCAGGAAAGAUAACAAAUAGACUAGAAGUCUAUUUGCAUUCAAGUCCAUUGCAUUCAAUAGGUGAUACUCCCUUCACAUCCCUCUGACAUUCACUGUACUCUGAGAGGAACCGGGCUUCAAAAUGCUGAGAAGCGGAUAUCAACGUAGAAAUCUUAGCACAAGCUUACUUCACCACCUCCAUAGGAGGCAAAGUUUGUAAAACUGAAUUGUGGGUGUGGUGAGGGGUGUAUUUAUAGGCAUUUUGAGGUUUGGGAAACUUUGCCCCUCCUGGUAGGAUUGUAUAUCCCAUACGUCACUAGCUCAUGGACUCUUGCCAAUUACAUGAAAGAAAUGCUCCUAAUAAAAGUUAUAGUUGUUUCAAAGGUGUAUUUAAGUAUGCACCAUGCACCAGCAUUUUAAACACUAAGUUGCUUUUACCAUCUGGUAAUGACUCAAUUUGUUAAUUUCUGAUAUGAUACAAGACCCACUGGUGCUAUGAGCAGCUGCAGUGUUUAAAAUGCUGGUACACUGAGAAUAUCUAGUUAUGCUUCACAUGCACGUGCAGAGAAAAAUAUUAUCACUAAAAUAGUGAUAACUUUUACUAGAAACAUUUUUGCCAAUGCUUGUUUAUUGCAAAUGUUUCUAUCCAAAGAUUUAAUUCAUCUGUGUAUUUAAAUUUUGACCGGAAUGUCCCUUUUAAUAAAAUUUAUAUAUUACCA